AUGGACGAUUACAAUUAUUAUUCUACGAACGAAGAUCCAGAAGAAGAUACUGACCAAAAUGAUUAUGAAUUCAUGUUUACUCAUGAUUAUCUUGCUGCAACAAAGGCAAAAAGUUUAUUAGAAGAUCAAGUAAUACAUGACGAAGAUAAUAAUAUUGAAGAUACAUUAUCUGAACAUAAUGAUAAUAAUAUAGAUUAUGACAAAAUUUCAGAAUCUAACAUAACAAAACUGUCACCUUGUGUUAUUGUCGAUAAUUUAAAUGGACCAAUCAGGC